CCACAGGCUGCGCCUGCGCGAGGCUCAGGGCAGUGGGUGGCACCUGAUGGUGGGAGGUAGUAACCCUCCCUUCCGUUCCGCGGGUGGGAGAGAUAGAUAGCCACUCAAGAAAACACCAUGAAAGAUACUGACAUCAAGAAACUACUGUAUACCCAUCUUUUAUGCAUAUUUUCAAUUAUCCUAAGCAUCUUCAUUCCAUCAUUCUUCUUGGAGAACUUCUCAAUAUUGGAGACACACUUGACAUGGUUAUGCAUCUGUUCUAUUUCUGUAACUGCCGUCAAUUUAGUAUUGUAUUUAGUACUGAAACCAAAUGUGUCUUCUAAAAGAAGUUCAUUAUCAUACAAGGUAACCAGAUUUUUGAAAUGCUGUAUCUACUUUCUUACAUCUUGUUUCUUCUUUCAUGUAAUUUUUGUUCUGUAUGGCGCACCACUAAUAGAGUUGGCACUGGAAACAUUUUCACUUGCAGUUAUUUUGUCCACUUUUACUACUGUACCUUGUUUAUGUUUGUUAGGACCAAACUUCAAAGCCUGGCUAAGAAUUUUCAGUAGAAAUGGAGUUACGUCCGUUUGGGAGAAUAGUCUUCAGAUCACUACAAUUUCUAGUUUUGUAGGAAUAUGGCUUGGUGCUUUUCCUAUUCCACUGGAUUGGGGAAGACCGUGGCAGGAAUGGCCCAUCUCCUGCACGCUUGGAGCAACCUUUGGCUACGUGGCUGGCCUUGUUAUUUCACCACUCUGGAUAUACUGGAAUAGAAAGAAACUCACAUACAAGAACAAUUAAUUGGAGCAAAGGGAGAAGAGAUUUCUUUGUGCAGAUUCCGUAAAGACUGUGCAGAAAUGUAUAUGGUCUAAGCCAGGCAGUUCCACUUAACAGCACUGUUU